AUGCUAUCUCUCUUCCAAAUCAGACCCUUGCAAGGUAAAGGCCAAGGCGUCUUCGCCACUUCCAUCAUCCCUUCCGGCACGACAAUCAUGCAAGAUCGGAAGAUAAUGCGGAGUCCACAGUCAAACCGAUCUGUCUUCUCUCAUGCGACCGAAACGGAAGUCGAGCGAGCUUUCAACGGAAUGAGCAGGCACAAUCAGGAGCGGUAUUUAGCCAUGUCUACUGGUGGCGCCACAAACAAUGAUCCCCAGGAGAAAGCGGAACGCACGGGUCCACUAGAACGAGACUCAUACCAUACUACUGGCCGCGAGUCCACGGACAACAAGCAGAAAUUACUAGACAUCUACCGCGCCAACGCUUUCGGCGAGGACGGAGGAGGAGAGAAAUACAUGUUCUUCGAUAUUUGCCGUAUCAAUCACGCCUGCGUACCCAACGCUGAGCUUCUCAAUCAGGGGGACGAAGGCGUGGCUGAUGGUGGUUUGGAGACCGUCGUAGCGCUGCAAACGAUAGACAAGGGCGAGGAGAUCACGAUUUGUUAUAAUAUGCUCUUCUGCCGUAUGACGAGGGUUCAGCGAAAGGCGUAUGCGCGGAGGGUGUGGGGGUUUGAGUGCGGGUGUGCAGGGUGUCUUCCUCCUACUCGACCGGACGCCGUGAGCACGACAUAUGGGUUGAGGACAGGGAGGGGAGGGAUGGGCAUGAGCAUGAGUAUGAGUGAAGCGCGAAGAACCUUGAUCAACUCCCUCGUCUCCCGACUCGAAGGCCGCUCCGCUCCAGACUGGACCAUCCUGCUCGGCCUCAGGAGUACCAUUCCAACACCCAAACAACCUCCCAUCGAUAUCAUAUCUCCAUUGCCAUUGAGUCCAGCACAGCAAACAACCGCCCUAAACGUCCUCCUCGCCAGCCUCCUCCUCGCGGAGAAUCUAGCCGGGACUACGGUCCUGAACGCUUACACGACGGCAACUAUGACGUUGAUGAAGCAGAUCGAGGCUGAUCCGGCCGUUGAGGGCGACGGUGAGGGCGAUGGGGUGUAUGUACAGGUAGCAUGCCGUUUUGCGAAGAAAUGGAUGCAGCUAAGUAUGAAGCACGGUGCGCAUGUUCGUGGGACGCUGAGCCAGGAGACGAUGGGGUGGAAGAAAGCGUGGGAGGGGAGGGUUCAGCGAUCGGGCAGAUUGAGAGAAGGGUUCGCGGCAGUGGAUGGAGCCAAAGAAGAUAGAAUCAAACGGGGGUUGAGGUGGUAG